AUGCCAAUCCGUAAAACAAGACAUUCCUUUGAUUUGCAUGUUCCAUCUUACACAUAUACUAGUGUAAUUAAACAGAUACAAACUAUAAAUAAGAUGUUGAAUGCACCGGUUAUCCACUUCUUCGUCAUAAUUUUAGCUCCUUUGAACAGGUCCAAUUCCAAUAUGGGCACUAACCUUCCAAAUAAACGAGGUCUUUUAAAUGAAGUUGUAGAGAACACCGAAGAAAUGAGAAAGGAAGCCUCAAAUGAAAAUAAACUACUCACCUGUGAUGUAUGCAAAAUGUCCUUUAGAUAUCAAUGUUAUUUGGACGUUCACAAACGCAGACAUAGUGGCCAAAAACCAUUCGAAUGUGAAACUUGUGGAAAUCAAUUUUUCACAAAAUCUGAACUGAAUAAACACACACUGGUUCACAGUGAUAAAAAACCGUACAAAUGCAGAAAAUGUGGAAAACAAUUUAAACGUCAAUUCGUUUUAACUCAACAUAUGAUUAUUCAUAGUGAUGAAAAGCCCUUUGAAUGUGGAAAAUGCAAACAAGCUUUCAAACGUAAAUAUUAUUUGACUCUACAUUCGCGAACUCAUACGGGAGAAAAACCAUACAUCUGUGGUGAAUGUAAUGCAAGAUUUGCAGAUAAAUCCGCUAUGAAUAGACACGUGCGUGUGCAUAGAGGUGAAAGACCAUAUGAAUGCAAAGUAUGCAGAAUGAGGUUUACGCAGCAUACCUCCUUGAGUAGACACAUGCGUUCCCAUACUCGAGAUGAAUCAUUCAUAUGCAAUGUAUGUGGAAUGCGUUUUUCCACUAUUAUUGAUUGGGCGUUUCACGAACAGUCGCAUAAUAGUGAAAAUCAUUAA